AUGUCUGCUCUGCUAAUGGUUUGGGCUGUGCUUCUGCACUUGGGGAUUGAGCAGACCCUGGCCAGAGGAGGAAAGUCAUGGGAGCACUGCACAGAUCUGCGUCCUUUGGAUAUUCUCUCCGAAGUGGUUCCCGUGAAUGGGGUGAAGAGUGGGAUACGGAUGAUCCAGAUCCAAGGAGCACGUGGCUUCCAGUUCUCUGCAAUGCGCCCUCGCUUUCUCAGUUUUCCAGCAUCACGUAUUUUCAUAUACUGUGACAUCUUCCCAGAGGAAUUCUCCAUUGUGGUCACCUUAAAAGCUUUCUCCAUGCAGUCCAGGAGAAACGAGUACAUCUUUACGGUUUUGGAGGAAAACAGUGACACUCUGCUGCUUGGACUCCGAUAUUCGAGGAAUAAAAUUCACUUCAUCUUCUGGAGCAGAGAGCUUUCCAAUGGCUGGCAGACACGGGUCACCUUCCGGGACGUAUUUUUGGCAGACAAUCAGUGGCACACACUGGUACUGGCAGUAACUAAAGGCUCCUUCUCUCUCACUGUGGACUGCAGCAUCCCCACAGAUGUGAUUACAGAUGCUGUUUUCCCCACAUCUUUGACUGUGACAGGAUCCCGGUUUUAUGUAGGGAGCAGAAGGAGAAGAAAAGGUUUCUUCACUGGCUUGCUAAGGCAGCUGGUCCUGUUGCCAGGAUCUGAUGCUACCUCAAGGAUGUGCACUGGCAUGAACUUUAAUCUAGCAGUGCUCUCCAUCCCCAAAAUUCUGCAGGAUCUCCCCGUGAAACCAACGGGCAAUGGGCUGCUGAAAUACCCUUACGAAGCAGACAUGAAGGUGACUUUGGGGUCUCGCCCUCCCUGUACCAAGAGUGAAAGUGGUCAGUUCUGGUUUAAUGCAGCUCAGAAAGGGCUAUUUAUAUGCAGCGGGGAUAAAUGGAUUUCAUUGCUAGAAGUUGAAGAAAGACUGGACUAUCUGGAAGAAUACCAGAGUUUAGCUACAAAUUCUGAAACCAUGGGCAUUGAGGUCUUUGUCAUCCCUGACGUGGGACUCUUUGCAGCUACUGCUAAUCGGUACACUCCUCCAGGGUCAGCCAUCUACAAAUGGACGGAUGAGAAAUUUGUGGCAUACCAAAAUAUCCCCACUUACCAAGCCCAGUCCUGGAAAUUCUUUACUAUUGGAAAAAAGAUUUUCCUUGCAGUGGCAAAUUUUGAAGCAAAUGAAAGGGGUCAAGAGUUUUCUGUGAUUUACAAGUGGAAUUACAGAAAGGAGAAAUUCACUGUGUACCAGAGGAUCAACACACACAGUGCUAGGGACUGGGAGGCAUUCGUCAUUGAUGGAGAGGCCUUCCUCGCAGUAGCGAAUCACAGAAAAGGGAAUAACCAUAAUAUAGACAGUGUCAUAUACAGGUGGAACGCCAGGACAGGCCUUUUUGAAACCAACCAGACCAUUCCUACCUCGGGAGCCUAUGACUGGGAAUUUUUCAGCAUUGGGCCUUAUUCCUUCCUUGUGGUGGCCAACACAUUUAAUGGAACGUCCACCACGAUCAACUCUCACAUCUACAUUUGGCUCAGUGGAGCCUUCCAGCUCUUCCAGUCAAUAUUGACUUUUGGUGCUGCUGACUGGGAGGUCUUUCAGAUCCAAGACAGGGUCUUCCUCGCUCUGGCGAACAGCUAUGACAGUACAAUAGUUGCCCCAAACAACAGCUUUGCCAUCAAUUCUUCCAUCUACGAGCUCAACAUUACUGCACAGAUGUUUGUCAAGUUCCAGGACAUUCUUACCUACAGUGCUGUGGAUUGGGAGUUCUUUUCAGUAGGAGAAGAUAACUUUUUGGUGGUAGCAAAUUCAUUUGAUGGUGUGACCUUCGCUGUAAACAGCAUUAUUUACAGAUGGCAAGGAUAUGAAGGCUUUGUAGCUGUUCACCAUCUUCCAACAUUUGGCUGUAGGGACUGGGAAGCUUUCACCACUGCAGCUGGCUCUUACCUCAUGUACUCAAGUGCAAAAGAACCACUAUCCAGGGUGCUGAAGAUGAAAACCUUUUGAUCUGGACAGGGGUGCUUUGAUUUGCUGCAAACAAGUGGGCAAGUCCGGACUUGUGAGGAACUCCUUUGGCUACUCAGGGCUAGGGUCAGGAAUGCUGUACCUAAGAGUCACUGCCAUGAAUGCCAGAGAUGGCAUAGGAUAGAUACCCAGGUUGUCUCUUUGGAUUCGGCUGAGUAUGAGGCUGCUCAGGAUUAGAUUUCAAACCUGUUUUCCAACACCUGGAAUGAGCUAGGAAUAUACAUAACUUGGCCAGUGAUAUUAGUGAGUACAGUAACCUUGAUUUCUCUCUCAGACACACCCACAC